AUGGCGAAGGACAAGGUUGAAACUAACAAAUUUGCAUUGCCAGCACUAUACCGUCCCACAAGCUUUAUUACUGAAGAUAUAUGGCGCGCAUGUCCAGCUACCAUGAACGGCAAUGAGCAGGCUCACUGGAAUGUUAACCGUGACAGCAUGAACUUGACACUUCUAGGUGGCAUUAUGAAAGGACGAGCCUUUGAUGACUGGGCAGCACAGAGCAUUGAUGUUCAUGUGUCACUGGGCAUUGGCACUCAUGAUCGUGAUUCCACUCAUGUUUACCAUGCAUCAAGAAGUAUCACUCGUCAAGCUCUAUCACAGCACUGCCACGUCACACAAAAUAAUGCAGUGGUACGACCCAGUGCAGACAAUGGACACCAGGAUGCACUACAGCAACCAGUGCCCCAAAGAAUCACACCAGUACCAUCCUACACACUUACUAAUGCCCUUCACCCAGACAUAAGAGGAGUACCAGAGUCAUGUCUAUGGCCAGCGCAGCAUACUGUAUACACUUAUAUCACUACACAUCAAGUUGUGACCAGUGAGUUCGACGACUUGCUAGUUCCACUCCACCUCACCCAUGUUCCCAUCUCGCAGUUCAGUACCCUUGAUGGUGCACUUCAUGGGUGA